UCAUUUCAGAACUCAGAAUUCCAGAAGAACGGCGAGAGUCAAAGCAAUCGGAAGUGUUUCGUUAUUGUUUUGGAGCGGUGUUACUGUAACUUAAAGUGCAAAGUAGCAGGCGGCUAGCUAAUAAGCGCGGCUUGACCUGUAAAAGGCUCUAAGCCAUGGGAACAUUCAAUAUAACAGCCUUAUGGCUUGUUCUAAUGCUGUGGCUACCCAGUGGACUAUCGGUUGGAAAUAGUUGUUCGGCUUCAGAUCUAGAGGCUCGCAGAUUCUUCGAGUUGGAGAAUGAACAAUUGCGUAGACGUUUUCACGAGGAAUUUUUGUCCGGCUAUACGUAUAACACUAAUGUUUCGGAGGCAAAUCGUCAGGCUAUGAUCGAGAUUUAUGCUCGGAAUGCGGAGCUUAAUAAACGUUUGGCCGAAAAGAUAAAGGCCUCCGCUUACGUUCAGUCCGAGGAUGCAGAUAUACGACGACAGGCCGAGCACCUCUCCAAACUGGGAGCUUCCGCCCUGAGUCCCGAAGACUACUUGGCCUUGCAAAAUGCCAUCAGUUCGAUGCAGACGAAUUACGCCACCGUCACAGUAUGUUCCUAUACAAACCGCAGUGAUUGCUCACUUGCUCUGGAGCCACACAUCCAGGAACGCUUGUCACACAGCCGGGAUCCUGAGGAGCUGUCCUGGUACUGGCGGGAGUGGUACGAUAAGUCGGGAACCCCCAUGCGGGAUCACUUUGCCGAGUAUGUUCGUCUUACGCGCAAGGCUUCCCAAUUGAAUGGUCACCGUUCCUAUGCUGAUUAUUGGGUGCAGUUUUACGAGGACCCGGAGUUUGAACGACAACUUGAUGCUACAUUCAAGAAACUGCUGCCCUUCUACCAGCAGCUUCACGGCUACGUUCGCUUCCGCCUGCGACAGCACUACGGUCCGGAUGUAAUGCCAGCGGAGGGGAACAUUCCAAUAAGCCUGCUGGGCAACAUGUGGGGUCAAUCGUGGAACGAGCUGCUCGAUCUCUUCGCUCCCUAUCCGCAGAAGCCUUUUUUGGAUGUGAAGGUUGAGAUGGAACGACAGGGAUACACGGUGCAGAAGCUAUUUGAGCUUGGGGAUCAAUUCUUUCAGUCGCUCGGAAUGCGCGCCCUGCCAACCAGUUUCUGGAAUCUGAGUGUGCUCACCCGUCCCGACGAUCGCCAGGUAGUUUGCCAUGCCUCCGCCUGGGACUUUUACCAAAACAGCGAUGUGAGGAUAAAGAUGUGCACGGAAAUUGACAACCACUACUUUUAUGUGGUGCAUCAUGAGUUAGGACACAUCCAGUAUUACCUGCAAUACGAACAUCAACCAGCUGUCUACCGGGGAGCUCCUAAUCCUGGCUUCCACGAAGCCGUUGGCGACUUGAUUGCCCUGUCAGUGAUGUCUCCAAAGCACUUGAAAGCCAUUGGACUGAUAGAUAAUGGUAGACUGGACGAGAAAAGUCGAAUCAAUCAGUUGUUUAAGCAGGCUCUUUCUAAGAUUGUUUUCCUGCCCUUCGGCUAUGCCGUGGACAAGUAUCGCUAUGCUGUUUUUCGCAACCAACUUGAUGAAUUGCAAUGGAACUGCGGAUUCUGGCAGAUGCGAUCCGAGUUUGGCGGCGUCGAGCCACCAGUUUUCCGCAACGAAAAAGAUUUCGAUCCGCCAGCCAAAUACCACAUUGAUGCGGAUGUCGAAUACCUUCGGUAUUUUGCCGCUCACAUCUUCCAGUUCCAGUUCCAUAAAACCCUAUGCCGUCAGGCCGGACAAUAUGCUCCGAAUGACAGUCGCCUUACUUUAGACAACUGUGAUAUAUUUGGCAGCAAAGCCGCUGGACGAUCCCUAAGCCAGUUCCUCUCCAAGGGAAACUCCAGGCACUGGAAGAAAGUUCUCCAGGAGUUCACGGGCGAGACCGAAAUGGAUCCAGCGGCACUCUUAGAGUACUUUGACCCGCUCUACCAGUGGCUCAAGCAGGAAAAUAGCCGUUUGGGCGUCCCAAUAGGUUGGGGACCUACAAACAAGAUCCCUUCGGAUUGCUGUGGAACAUUUAGCACAUAGCCCGCGCUAUUAAUAUUUGGACUUAAGGUUACUUAGACCCGCAAGAAAUAUACAUAUACAAAAAAAAAACUGAGAAAUUGUAAGAACUGUAAUUAAUUCCAAAUUCAAGCUAUGCUAUUUAAAUAUAUAUUUAUUGUAUCGAUUUA